AGAGGGCCGUAUUUUCAUCGAUCGCAAGGGUAGGAUCCACGAAGGAUAUCCAUGGUCAAUGAUGAUUGUAUUCGGACUAUUCCUGGCAAUCUACCACAUUUUCAUGACGCUCCUCUUCGUCUCCUACUAUCAUUAUAUCCGCGAUCGUCAACUGGAGCUGGAGCAGCAGCAAGGCAGAAUGCAUUCCGUUCAAGCCUACAAA